AUGGUUGAACUCCGUAAGCGCAAAGCGCCCGCGCCACCUCCUGUGGUGGAAAAGAAGAGCAGACCAGCACCCAAAGCCAAAGCUGCCGCGGCCGCAGCCGCAGCCGCAAAGCCGGCGGAGACCACGAAGGAGAAGCCCAAAUCUAAAGUGCCCGAGGCGGGCGACGCCAUUGAUCUUGACAGCUUCGGGGGCGAAGUUGAAACCCACGAUGGUACCAAGACUACCUUGAAGAAGCUGGUCGAAGAGAGCAAAGCGGGUGUGGUCCUCUUUACCUACCCCAAGGCCUCGACCCCCGGCUGUACCAAGCAAGCUUGCUCAUUCCGCGACAAUUACUCGCAUUUGAGCUCAACGGGACUGACUAUCUACGGUCUCUCGGCCGAUUCCACCAAGGCUAAUACCACUUUUAAGACUAAGCAAAAUUUGCCUUAUUCGCUGCUUUGCGACCCCAGUGCGACUUUGAUCGGAGCCACUGGACUCAAGAAGUCGCCCAAGGGUACUGUGCGUGGUGUCUUUGCGGUGGACAAGAAGGGCAAGGUCUUGCUCCGCGAAGCCGGCGGCCCAGAUGCGACUGUGGAUGCGGUGCAGAAGCUGGUCGCAGAGGGAUCACAAGGAGCAGAGAAAUCCGAAAAGACCGAGGAGGCGGAUGCGGAUGCGGAGGAAGGGAGGUCUGAGGAGAAGCGGGAGAAUGGAGCGGAGGAAGAUGUGAAGAAGGACGAUACGAAGGAAGAGGAAGAAGGUGAAAAGACCGAGGAAAAGUGA